CAUUGACCGCGGAAUGACAGGGUGGUUUGAGUAUCUCAGAAACUACUGAUCUGGGAUUUUCACGCUCACUAGUGUCUACAGUUUGCAAAGUGCUCGGAAGAUUCAUCAAACCCUCUGGAUACCUCCCGUGAUGAGCUCGCCGCCCUGGAGAUCCAGCGUGUUGAUGGGGUCCUCGAGGACUGCAUUUGGAACGUGGAGGCGCUUCAGCUCUUACCUGCAAUUAUGGCAGACCUGGACCGGCUCUCAUUAGUGCUGGGACCCACACUUGUGGGAGCACUCAAAGAGCACUAUUUCUUGGGGGAACAGCUGGACGCCCAUCGACUGGAGCAAGCAGAGGGCCAGGGCAUGCCCGCAGAGCUGGAACAGUCCUUUGGCUGCUGUCUCUGGACCAUCCUCCGUCACCUACGGGCCCGGCCGGCCGUGUGCCGGGAACUGAGGGCCAAAGCCACCGCCGGACAGUACAGCAAGAUGGCGGAGGGACUGAAAGAGCUCCAGGGCCUGCUGAUGCAGAAAAUGCUCAUGGGCCCUGCUGAGGUGCGGGAACGGAACCGGCACCUGAAAGAGCUCUCCAUCAGGCACCGAAAGAACAUGGAGAUGGUUACCAAGCUGGAGCACGAGGUGGAGGAGGCCACCAAGCAGAACGACAUCGCCAAGCAAGACAAGCUGAUCCGCCGGCUCAAGGUCUCCAUGCACCUGACCAUGAAGGAAUCAGACGAGGUCCUGGACAGCAUGGAGCACGAAGUGGAGGAACAGAAGCGAGCAGACAGGACAGCCUCCGAGGCCCGGUGCAACGAGAUGCAGCAGGAGGCCGACAAGUUGCAGGUGCAGCUGAAGAGCCUGGCCAUCGAGAACCGUGAGUCAGAGACCAGCCUGAGGAAGAAGAAGGCCCGGGUGGAGACAGAGAUCGAGAACUGGAUCCAGAAGUACGAUGCGGACAUGGCCGAGAAGCAGGCUGAGCUGGAGGAGCUGUCGCGGCUCCACGCGCAGGAGCAGGAGGAGGUGUUGAGGCUGGAGGAGCUCUGCGGCAGGAUGGAGAGCUGGCGGCUUGAGCAGAAGCAGGACGAGGAACCAGAGGUCAUCGUUGAUGAGUAGAACUAUGUGGGGUUUUUUCCAGGUCAUGGUAAAUGAGAUAGUGUGAAAGAAGACUGAAUUCCCAAAAGCAUAAUGUACCUGUUUUUGGUUAUUUCAAGAGAAGGGCAUGCCAGCACCUGUCCCACCAGUUUUGCUCACUUCAAAGGAAAAGAUGGCACAGUUUCUCAUGAGCAAUAAAGGGAUGAAUCAGCUGAAUGUAAUAAGUAGAAUAAUUGAGAUCCAGCCGUGC